AUGGGGUCUGUUUCCAACCAGCAGUUUGCAGGUGCGAAGCCGGGCGAGGAGCCGGCUGGAGACUCGCCCAAGCCCGAGAACGAAUCCCAGCCACUGCACGGCUCCGGCAUCUGUAAGUGGUUCAACGUCCGCAUGGGCUUCGGCUUCCUCUCCAUGACCGCCAAGGGCGGCGCGACCCUGGACUCUCCCGUCGAUGUCUUCGUGCACCAGAGCAAGCUCCACAUGGAGGGUUUCCGCAGCCUGAAGGAGGGCGAGGCUGUCGAGUUCACCUUCAAGAAGUCAUCCAAAGGUUUGGAGUCCAUCCGGGUGACCGGCCCGGGGGGCGUCUUCUGCAUCGGCAGCGAGAGGAGGCCCAAGGGCAAGAGCCUCCAGAAACGCAGAUCCAAAGGAGACCGAUGCUACAACUGCGGCGGGCUGGACCACCACGCCAAGGAGUGCAAGCUCCCACCACAGCCCAAGAAGUGCCACUUCUGCCAGAGCAUCAGCCACAUGGUCGCCAACUGCCCCGCGAAAGCACAGCAGUCCCCCAGCUCCCAGGGGAAACCUGCCUACUUCCGAGAGGAGGAGGACAUGCACAGCUCGGCCCUCCUCCCUGAGACCCGGGAAUGA